GGCAAGGCGCGGCGGCCGGGCUGUCACGGCCCCUCCCUCGCUCCAGUUGGACGCCGCCUGCCUGAUUGGUGGGGCUCAGCCCCCAGUCACCAGCCCCUGCCUCACCAGUAAGCGGGGUCAGUGCGCAGGGAUCCUGUUUCACGCGCUGCGGCAGCCUAGUAGCUGCAGUUUCUGCCUUGGGAAGCCAAAGUGUCCGGCGUGUACUGUGCGCUCAUCCAUCAUGCUGCGCAUGCUGCUGCUGGCCCUGCUGAACCUUGGAAGGCAGCUCAGCCCAUGCUGGGGCUGUCAGCUGCCCUCAGACUGGAGACCCUUGAGUGAAAGCUGCAGGGCUGAGCUGGCAGAGAUCAUAGUGUACGCCAAGGUGCUGGCACUCCACCAGGAGAUGUACAGCAUGUAUAAUUACCUGCCCUGGCAAUAUGAAGCCAGCGAGGGGGGGCUCUUUUACUCGGCUGAGAUAGAGAUGCUGUGUGACCAGGCUUGGGGAAGCAUGCUGGAAGUCCCUGCAGGCUCUAGGCUUAACCUCACUGGACUGGGCUACUUCUCCUGUCACUCCCACACAGUCCUGCAGGAUUACGCUUACUUCUUCUUUCUCAGAAUGGAUGAGAAUUAUAACCUCCUUCCUCACGGAGUAAAUUUCCAGGAUGCAAUAUUUCCAGACACACAGGAAAACAGAAGGAUGUUUUCCAGUCUCUUCCAGUUUUCCAAUUGCUCUCAGGCGCAACAUGUCAUAACUUUCUCCAGUGACUGGGAGAUUCAAGAGGACAACAGGAUGGAGAACAGAAGCCCCCGCACUACCUUCUCUAUGCCAUGCAUUUUAUCAUGUCCUAUUAGUCAUCUACUUUCUAAGCUCAUGUGUUCUUCGGUCCAGAAAGCCCUAUUUGAGGAAGAGGAUCAAGUGAAGAAACUGCAGCAGAAGGUGGCAACCUUGGAGAAACGCAACAAGCAACUGCGAGACCGGGUGAAGAAAGUCAAGAGGUCCCUCCGGCAAGCCAGAAAGAACAACAGGCACAUGGAGCAGAUAAACCGAAAGCUCAGUGAGAAGCUCUCCUCUGCAGGAGGUCAAAUCCCGCAUAUUAACUCUUUAAAGCAAGAGAACUCUCAUGCUACCUACCUUAAAGUAUAAUGCAAGGUUUAGGGUACAAGCCAAUGAUAUUGGUGACUUAGGGCCUGAUCUCAUGCUCCUUACACAGCCAAAUACUCCAGUGGGAGUUUUGCCUGCAUUAGAGUGCAGGAUUUGGCCCUCAUACCUUGUCUACACUGGCAUUUGAACCAUGUAUGUAAAACAAAUUGGAACUCUGUUUAGAUACAGUUCUAGAUAAACAGGAUCAACACCAGAUUUGGCUGGACACUAGACUGGACCAAGCUGUCUGAAGAGUGCUUCCAAAGAGUCUGUUUGAGCCUUACGGGGAAAGCAGCAUCAGUACGCUUUGGGUCCAUUUUCACUGCCCAGCCUGGCAAUAUUUGAAACCAGGUUACCUGGACCUGUGUCUAGGAUCGGAUCCAGCUCUCACAGUCAAUGGGAGUCUUUGCACUGACUUUCCAUGGGAACUGAGUCAGGACCAUAAAAAAGUAGAUUUCAGAUCCAGUUUUCAAGCAUGCUUCAAUUUUUAGGGUAGACAAGGUCUCCUGUCUUGUAAUCACUGUUUUGAGACAUGAUGGAGGUUGCUGGGCAACCUCAUUUACCUAGGUUUAGAUACUGUAAAGAUCACAUCAAUAUCAACAGGGCAUUAAAAUUAAGGUAGUUUAUAUGUGUAUAUAUUUUAAAAUCCUAUAGAAAAUAUUUUUAUUACACAUUUGAUAUAGUCUAAUUUCUUAAAGUAUGAAGUAAAUCCUGUUUCUUUGAGGCAGUCAUCCCUUAAAAUAUAUUUCCCAACAUUCCUUCUUGGGCACUGCCAAAAGAGAUUAGAAACUGAAUUAUUAAAACGGCUUAGGUUAAGGCAGCAAUCUCAUUGGUUGACAAGGAUGCCAACCUUGUGUGUAUAUAUAUAUAUAUAUCAGUUCAUGGCUUGGAACUUGUUUGCCAAAUCACCCCUCUUCAUAUCAAUAAGCCAUGGAAGAGUAGUGAAAAAAAAUAAAGGAAGGCAUUCGGUGUGUUUCCCCUUGUUGGUUUGUUUUUUUAAUAUUUAUUUUAUAAUCAAUUUAUGUGACCUGAAUACAAAUACGCUUAAUACUUGCAACUUUAGGACAGGGGCAGACAGACUUUGCCCUACCAAGGGCAACGUUGACAAUUUGCCAGGGCUACACCUGACUUGCAUAAAAAUGACCAGAUAGCAGCUUAUCUUUAUUCCAGAGAUGGGGCCCAGGGAGGAAUAGGUCCCUGCAUGCAAUGCUUGAUCUGAACCCCCAAACCUUACUAGACUAUCUAGAUCCUAGCGGAACAUUGCAUGCUGGGACAUGUAGUCGCCACAAGCUGCACCUCUGUACCGAAGAGAAGAGCAACCACAGGCCGCAUUGGGCUCAUGGACCAUCCUUGCAUUAGGACCUAGAGGGAGGCUGUACCAGCUUUUAUACAAUCAUUUGCAUCAAACCAAGAUGAACUUGAGACUUAACUGUUGCUUUGGCUUCUAGGAAGCAGCUGAAGCUUAAUUAUCUUCCAACUCUGCUCCGCUUGGAAACAGAAGCAUAUAUUUUUCUCCUGAAAAAUACUGGCAUUUCUUAAAAGUCUGACUCUUCUAUAAGCUACAGCAGUUUCAAAGCAUCUGCCUGUCGAGUAGGCAUAAUUCAGGUUGAAAUAGUACAAUUUCUGGACAACUACUGCAGACCGGAGGUUUUCUUAGCAUCCUAAAAACCAUCAAUAGAUUUUUAUUCAGUCAAAAAUAAAAUCCAGAGGAAAAUAUCUAGGUUUUGUGUUGUUUCUAUUUUUAAUCUGUUUGAAUAAAAUUAACUGUUUUCUUGGCAUUCGUACUAAAAUCCUGUGUUUACUUUUUUAAAAUAAAA